CUAAGCCGCCAAGUUGAGCUUGAGGCAAUAGUCCCACACCCCAUGCACACACUCACUCUUCUUGACAGUGUAGUGUGAUGCUACCCGCCCGGCGCACUCAGCCGCAAACGAGCGGAGGUCGGCCAGCUUAUUGGCCACAGUGUCUCCCUCCAGCUCACUCUCACGCAACCAUGCCUCCAACUCAACACGGGCCGGUCGCAGGACUGGGGCUAGCUUGAUGGAGUCAGUCAAGCCUGCCUUAUCGGACAAGCCACGGCAAACCAGGCGGUGUACAAGAGGGUGGCGGACACCCCCUGUGGCAGGGGGGUCCGCCGGCCACUCGCACACCUCACGCCCAGCACACUUCUCAAUCGUGACCUCAUCUAGCUGUUCUACGGACAGGCAGCAGAGAAACUCAUGGGCGGCAGCAAGGCUUGACACAAAGCUGAAGGUGACACUCUUGAGUGUUCUCAGCCCGCCCAAAAACGGUGUGUGAUGUCUGCUGACGGCAUACACGUCAGCCAUGGACAGUGACGGACAGCACAUCUUCAACUCUUCUACAGCGGGGAAGCAUCGGCUGGUCGGCCCUUGCCCCUCCCCCUCCCCCUGCCUCUCGGUCAGCCAUGUGGGGAUGCUGUCGACCACUGCCGAUGCACUCGCGCCGCGCUUGUUGAUGGUGAGCUUCUUGGUGUUGGUGAAGAUGAGCUUGUCACGCCAUGACUCGUGCAGCGCUGUGCCACCGAGCUCCAACCGAACCUGAUACGACAAGCAGACACAGGCAUUUGGCGCUGUCUGAUGCACUCCCUCCCUCCCUCCCUCCCUCCUUGUCUUGUCUGUGCGUUCCCUACCUCUGUCGCAUUGGCCGCCAUCCGCGUGGCGAUCUGUCCGCAAAGUCCGCUGGGUGCAGGGAGGGCAGUGGCAGCGCCACUGCUGCAGUCGAUGACCAGCAUGUUGGCACGCCGGCCGGCUGGCUGCCAAUCGACCUCGCACUUGGCGUCCGCCGCCCACCUACGAAAGGCCUCCAUGUUGGCCAUCCCCUGCUGGCCGUAGCCCACACCGAUCGACGUGUUGGGCACGACGAAGCCCAACUUCUUGCGCACCUCUGCAGUCAGCACACAGUGCUUUGCUAGAGAGAGUAAUCAUGUGGGUGCUCGCGCCUGAUGUACCUUUCUUCUCUGGCUUGUCCCAGUGGCUCUUGAGGGCGGCUUUGAGCUGAUUGAGGCGGCCGAACUGGCUGGGGAUGUCGAUCACCAGAGCGGUGAUGGUGGUGAGGCUGGGACAGCGGCCGAGGGCGGCGGUGAAGUCGGCCCACUGGCCGUCGUCGACUCUGAUGCGGUCGACUUCCAGCCGCUCGAGCUUGGGGGACUGGUUGAGCAGACGCACCAAGGAGGCGGCAUCCUCACUGUAGCGGAUGCAGUAGAUGCGGCCGAGUCGGAGUGUGGUGAGUGCCGGGAAGGUCCAGCAACGAGCACUGCAGGCACAGACGACCCAAGACAAGAAUGACUACGCGGUUGCGCCAACCCUGACUCCCUCUGUAUACCCGAUAAACUUAAGAUCUUCCCGCCCACGGAUGUCCAUGUGUGUGACUUUGGAGAACACGAUGGGCUCGGCAUCCGGCGCCCGUGCGCAGUACUCGACGUCCAGCGUCAUCUUCUUGAGCGUGUCCUUGUUCGCCUCGACGUCCAGAGUCAUCUUCUUGAGCGUGUCCUUGUUCGCCUCCAGCAGCUCCGACACCACAGGCGGCAUCAUGUGGAGGCUGGACACCUCCACAAAGGCCGUCUUUACAUUGCCCUGCAAACACACACACACACACACACAGCGACAGAGCGCUGCACAGACACGCUCCCUCUUUGUGUCCCGUGUGAGGUCUCUUACCGGCAUGUGCGGCAUCUUCUUGACUUUGUAUGCAUUCUCUACCACAGAGACGCCCGCGAACUUGCCGAAGAGGCCAAGUGUCGUCUCGAGGGCCUUCGUGAGGGUCUUGGCCUGCAUUCACAGAGAACAAGGUCACGCAUCACAGCUCCGCCAAACGACCCUCCACUCUCAUCUGACCUCGUCUUUCAAGUGCUUGAGCGUCUUGAUCUCGCGGUAGGUGGGCUCUUCGUCACGCGUCAUGGUGAAGGUGCGGAAGACGCCGUAGAUCUUGUCGGUGGCCUUCAUGUGGGUCUCCCUAUUGACGCGCGUGAGGCUGCGGACAUUGUUGAUGGUGGUCAGGAAGGAGCCCAGCUGGCCAAUGACGGCUGCAGGCAGACCCGGCAGACACGGACGGCCGUGACCCUUCUGACACACAGACAGGCAUCAGGUUGAGAAAUGUGUGUGGACAUCCUCGUAUUACCUCUGUCACCUCUAACGGGACGCCCUGCUGCUGUGUCGCUGCUGCAGCACCACACGCACCAACCGGACCACCUGAAGGCACCACACAGGACAGCCAUACAUGGACGUUGUCACAUGUUUGCACCCCAUCAGUGUGUGUGUGUGUUGUACCUCCACUACUCGCAUCAGCCAGGGCGUCUACACGUUCACGCUUGCCGUCCUCACCAACCGCCACCUGAACACAUGAUGUGUGUGACGUCGGCCUGUCUAUGAGUUUGUGUGUACCUCCUUGCUGUGCUGUUGUGUAUCCGCAUCGGUAUGAUCAUUGCGCUGACACGGACAGACAGACAGACAGAAGUGGAAUGAUCGGCGUGUGUGGGGCAAGUGUCUAUCGCUCGUGCCAUCCUUACCUUUGUGUUGUGGUCAGUGGUAUGUGCCAUGUCUUUGCGGAGGGCGGACUGGACGUCGCUGAGAGUCCUCAGGUAAGCCGACAGGCGGCCAGCCAGCGACGCACCACCAUCCUGCAGACAGCAGAUCGACAGGACAGUGGGUAACGGAUAAGUGCCGCUGCUUGGCUGUCUGUUUUCCCACGCGCACCUGUGUAUCGUUGUCGGUAUGUAUGGCUAUGAUGUCCUCUGCCCGCUCAAGAUCAGACGCAAGCUGAGGCAAAGACUGCAAGCCAACACCAACACAGCGAAUGGCACUCCUUGCUGCAUGUCAUGUGUAGGCCCCUCUCCUCUCUCCCGUCUUACCGAACGCAUCGAACGUAUCUUCUGCAGAAGAUCUCGAGAGCCACCGCGGCCCUGCCCACCUGAGCACAGUGUGCGGCCGGUCAAUCACACCCGGUGCGUGUGUGUGGAGGUGGUGGUGGUGUGACCUGCAGCUGCAGAGGCGGCCGGGCCGUCAUGUUUGUCUAAGUCCAUCAAUCCGCCGUCAGCCAU